AAAUCUUGUUUGGUCAACCGGAAUUUUGGUUCUUCAUAUAUUUUGUCAGAUAUUUAAUUAAUUAAUUUAGUUUGGCAACCAAAUAUUUUUUCUGUGCAUGAAGUUACAAAUAUUUGUUGAACGACGACGGACUAUAAAUGUCGACCUAAAUUUCAAUCCGAGUAUUUCCUUGUGCUCGAUGGAUUUAUCCGUUCUGGGCAAUCGUUCGUUUCCGUUAAAAUCGGAAACCUUCUGUAUAAUCUCACACACCUAGAAAUAUGUGAUGUAUCGUUGCCCAUGUCCGACACUCUGCGUCCUCCAUCCUGGUUUCCGAUUUAACAUCCUGGCAGCUCCAUUGGGAAUGGUACGCACCAACACAUGUACCACGGUAUACAAAACGUGCACUGGCCACCUUAAAAUAUAAUGGAACUCAAGAAAGCAUGUUACACGCGAGAAUAUACGUAAACAUACGAGGUAAGUUUGACCGUUUUAAAGGGCCGCGGGAUGUUUGGAGAGUGUCGAUUACUUGACCGUACAAUAGUGGAGGGCCGACAGUUGGCACUUGGGGAUUGUUUUGUUACAGUUUCGCGAGCACUUUGUCAUUCGAUAGAUCGAUAGUUAUAUAUUAACAAUUUUUUAUCAGGUAUAUUCGCCCAACUACGCAUUUCUCAUCACUAAUUAAUCGAAAGCGGGGACGUAUUUUCUGAAUUAAUCAACAGUGAUGAGAAACGUGUAACUAAAAACAGAUUUAACUAGUCGAAAACUUUUAGUAAUUUACUAAUUUACCGAAUGGCAAGAUAUUUGCGGAAUUGUACAGGCACCCCCUUUUUCCUCUGAUUAUCACCGAAUUUUUCAUUUCUAAUUAAUAAAUCUGAUGACAUUGUCACUUGAGAGAGUCGAUAAUAAUAACAAGCGUGAAAGACGCCGACUCGACACGUCACGACAAGCAUUGAUCUGAAUAUCCUAAAUAUACGAGAUUACUCUCUAAUAAUAUACUUACGAUAUGUUCCAACGAUCGCACAUUGCUAUGUUCGACACUCUCGAUAUUUAUUUGCACGCGAGAUUCACUUUUGAUGGAUAAAAGACGUAUAAAAUGCGGAACGGUGUCGAUCAAUGUGUUGAUGAUGGUUGCUUAGCGCGAAAAGAUCGAAAAUAACUAAUGAUGCGCAUAUCGACUAUUAGCGUCGUGUCGUGAACGAUAGCACGACCUGGAAAGGACGCGCUCUGUGAGAUACUCUUUUUCUUCUCUCUUAACAGCCCGACGCUACUUUCCGCGCUCUGUAAGAUACUCUUCUUUCUCGCUCUUAACAGCCCGACGAUACCUUCCGCGUUUCGGCGUCACGCGAAUACCCCUGGCAUCGUUUCUCCUUCCACUCUGAUUAUCACCGAAUUUCUCAUCCCCAAUUGACUAAUCCGAUGAUCGUCCGAUUACAUUGUCACUUGAGAGAGUCGAUAAUAACAAACGUAAGAAACGCCGACUCGACACGUCGCGACAAGCAUUGGUUUGAAAAUAGCGAAUAUACGAGAUUACUUUCUAAUAAUGUACUUACGAUACGUUCCAACGAUCGCACAUCGUUAUAUUCGACACUCUUGAUACUUAUUUGCACUCACUUUCGACAGAUAAAAGACGCGUAAAAUGCGGAACGGUGUCGAUCGAUGUGUUGAUGGCGGUUGCUCAGAGCGAAAAGAUUGAAAAUGCCUGCGCAAUGCGUGACAAAAAUUCACUCUGUCUCACUCACUCACUCACUUUAUAUAUCCUUCUUUCUCUUGCAAAUUCAAAUAUACUCAAGAUAUGAUUCAAUAGAAGAAUAGAAAGAACGACUAUGAUUGGUCAGUCAUGAUUGACGCUUCGAAGCGUUUGCAGCGUUGAGUGGAUUCUACUUUCAGUCUCCCGAAUGCUUUAUUAUUGAUAGAUCGCUAAUUACUGCAAGUUUUCGCUCAGACGCAUCCGUAAGCUAGCUGUGCAUUUUUCAUGAUUGUUAGUCAGUUCAGAAAGCGGAAAUGUGUUUUCUAGAUUAAUUGAUGGUGAGAAACGUAUAGUUGGUAAACGAAAGUGAUUGGCUGAAAAUGUUUAGUAACUGUCGAUCUAUCCAGUCAUAAAGCAGAUGUUAUAGCUGACGAGUCGCGCAGUGAUGCAAAAUCCGUGGAAGAAAAAGCCAUACGAUAUGUGUUUCACGCGUCGCGACACGGUGGCGUGAUCGUCGCGUGCGGCAGUUCGACCGGCGGCAUUGAUUUCAUGAAUUUGCAAACUUGUGGACCAGCGACAUAGCAGGACGUGGAAUACGUAUUUCGAAGUGUUCGUUACAGUUCUCGUCGGGUUCUCUCAGUAAUCGGAAUAUUUCGUCGGCCUUCGAAAUGUUUCAUCGGAUCCCUGUCUCGUCGUCGUGUUAUUUAACUCGUGUUUCGCCAAUCGAAUCAUCCACGAGUGUCAGUGUCACGACGGAGUAGCCACGAGCCGGAAUGUUGGAUCGGGAAGCCGGGCUGGAGGACGCGGCCAGUGAAGCAUCGUAUAUUUCCAGAUUACUAACACAACCGAACUCACAACACACUAACCAACUGCGUCUCUCGACAACAAGCAUUAUGAUCUCGUCCAGGACAUCAUGCCAACGCCCUGAGUCCUGAAUGAGAAAACGGUCUGUCGCGCCCUGCGCGAUAAAGAACAGAGUUCCACGAGGAAGCCUGCGACUCCGACGGCGUAAACGAGCGGGGCCCUCGGCGCGAGGAAGGGGCUCUGCGGGAAGAGGGCCGCGCGAACGUAUCUCUGGGUCCGUCGUGGUGUUGUCCGCCGGGGGUGGCGGUGGCGGAGGGGGUGGAGGAGUUUGCAAGCGCCGUGAUUUGGAACGUCGGACGGGUGGCGGUCGCGGUGUUCCCUGUGUUCCCACCAUCAGCUCUUCUGUCGCAGGAAGCGCGGGGGGUUGUGGCCCCGUGGUGGGGCUCUCCUCCUACAAAAAGCGCCAAGGCAGUGGCACCGUCUGGGGUCGCGGCAGCCGUGGACGCGGCAGGGGUCGCGGGGGCGGCGCGAACCUCUUGGGUUCCGGCGUCGCCCCCGCGAAUUACGCACCAGGACUGCAGGGCGUUGCGCCUGGGCUGCGGGAGGUCGUGAACAUCCUCGGCAAGAGGAACCAAGCUGGCACUUUGACGGGCGUAGGCCCGCCGCCGGGAACGCUGGAUAACGAGAGCGCGUGCGACGAGGAGGAGGGGACUUCCACCAAGAGACCACCGAGGCCUCUCUACAGGAGAUUAAUCAACUACGUGAGACAAGCCUGGACCGGCGUCAAGUUCGCCCUAGAUUCGGAAUACGAGGAAGAGCAAACACCGAGAUACAGACCGGACUCUUUGGCGAGCCUUUGUCGAGCCACCAGAUUCACGGAGGCCGAGCUGAAGAGGAUAUAUCGCGGCUUCAAGGCUGAAUGUCCUACGGGAGUCGUCAGGGAGGAAACUUUCAAGUGCAUCUAUUCCAAGUUCUUCCCCCAAGGAGCCAAUACAAGCCAGUACGCGCAUUACGUUUUUAAUACUUUGGACCAGGAUCACAGCGGGCUUCUCAGCUUCGAGGAUUUUGUUACGGGUCUGAGUAUACUGUCUCGCGGCUCGAUAGACGAGAAACUGCGCUGGACGUUUUCUCUUUACGACAUCAACGGGGACGGCUGUAUCACGAGGGAGGAGAUGACCGACAUCGUGACUGCCGUGUACGAGCUGAUGGGAAAAUUCGCUGAUCCAAACCUGGACCACGAGGGCGUGCGCGAGAAGGUGGAUCGAAUGUUUCAGAAAAUGGAUGGCAACAGGGACGGCGUGGUAACGCUGUCCGAGUUUCUGGAGGCUUGUCGAGCAGAUCCCGACAUCUCGACUAGCAUGGCAGCUCUGGACACUGCCUUCUGACACUCAUCGCACCCGCGAUACUCACCGUGGACCUGAAGGGAUCACUCGAUUAGAAAGAAAAGAAAAAUACAAAUCGCUCAAUGUUGUACCUUAACUCCCUGGACCAGAGGAGGGGAACUCCUCAAGGGUGUGUCCCGUCGUCCUGGAAUAGCCGAUACGCGAUUUCUCAGAGUCGAUUGCCUCGAGAGACGACGCCGCGUCGCUUUGCGCGUACUAGCUCAACAAAACGUACUCAGUGGAAUUUCUAGAUUCGCGAGAAAGAAGCUAUUUAAGAAGAAGAGCAAGAGGAGGAACAAGGAACAAACGGGAUAAUAUUGAGCUUGAGAUUUCUGCGACUUAUAGAUGUAGGUAAAGGGGGUAACGGAAAUUAUUGUUUUGCGACAGCGAUGCAAAUUUCAGCGAAUGUUGAAUUGGGUGUUAGUUCAGAAUUGUGUUUGUACAAUCUCGUAGGCAUUCACGCGAGGAGAUAAGCGGAGAAGCGGACUGUGACAGCGAAGUAAUAAGCAUGUAGCAACGAUGAUAAGAUAAUUUUGGUGUUUCGUUUGUGUGAAGAGUCGACAUUCACUGACAGUUCCAGUUGGAUCGAUACGGAUACGAUCGCGAGCUAUUCUGAUUGCUUUACAGUCGCCAUAAGAAGCCGACGCCUUAAUAUAUUUCACGUGUGUGUUCGCGCAUUUAGAACAAAGAUUUUUCUUCCUAUAUCCAAAAAUAUGUUUAAUUAGUGGUCUUGCAAAAACUUUGCAAGAGGAUCUAUUCAAACUCGUACUUCUACUCAUGGUUAAUUAAAUGUUUGCACUCGAUAUCGUUCAGACAAAAGGCUGCUUUCCGAGAUAUAUGCCCGAAUACAUCGAAAUGCACCAAAUGGCUAUUUCGGUCUCGAUAGCCACGGAAUAACCACCGAAAUAAUUGACGAUUAUCAGAAAGGCUGACAGAGUCGUAUCCAUGUCGAUCUGCGUUCGGUGAAUUACUUUCAAUGAAUGUCGAUUCUUCAAAUUCAAAGAGAAAAAAAAGUGUAAUGUCAAUACUCACGAGCUCGGAUUAAACUUUUUUUGUCAAGUCAUCGCACUGCUUGAACGUUUUUUUUGUUUUCUUUUGAGAAUUUUAAACGAAAGACACGCGUAAUCGAUUGUUCAUCGGCACCGGCUAAAAGCUGCGUUUUAGUCGAUAUUUUUCGAGACAUAACGGAAAAAUCACAAUUCGCAAUUUCGGUCGUGUUUUGCGGCGACCACAGGGCGUAUGAAUAGUCAUAGUACACGUACAAUUUGUUAUGACAGCGUGCGAGUUCGCGCACGUAUUGAACUGCAACAUAUUGAACCUGCAAGGGACAAGGGUUAAAACGUGAGAACGAGCGUCAACUCACAGAUGAGACAUACAAAGUUUAUCGUGAAUCCCGUCGCACAGCUGGACGUGUCAAGCGGGAUUUGUUGUUUGUAGUGCAUAAGCGUGUAGGUGGUAAGCGAUAUCAAAAUAUUUAUUUUUGUGACGGGUAAGCGUAUUAUCGUUGUAAGUUUCUAGAUUGUAAAGACUGCGUGCUGCUAAAGAGAGAGGGAGGGAGAGAGAGAGAGAGAGAGAGAGAGAGUCGAAUCGAAUAGAGGAGAGAAAUGAUAAAAGAUGAGAGAAAUAUUCGGAGAAAAAAGAGGAAGGGAGCUUCUCUCUAUCGAUCCGGGAUUCGAGUGAUCUGUUGCCGAAUAUAAUGUGUAAAAACGCGGAGAGUGUAUGUUUUAUUGUAAAAUCAUCCAACGACUCGUGGAGACUGGACCAAAGCUUCCGCGAUAGGCGAAGAAGAUUUACUUGAGCGAAAUAUAUAUUUAAUCAUUUUCCAUCACUGCCUACUUCCGGUUAACUAUAAAUAAGGAAGAAUAUAGGGAACGAGAUCGGUCGAGACCGAUCGACGUUGGAAUUGGGAAGCUACAAGGACGAGGAUUCGUUUAUUUAGAUACGAAUUUCAAGUAUCCUUCCGUUUCACGUGCGUUUCUUGUAAUAUACACUCGAGAUGUAGCGGGUCGCGGACUAAUAUUCAAAUAUUCCUCCGAACUUAGAGGGUAAACGGCGGCUAACUCUUUUCAAGAGCAAAGCUGACAAACGGCAACUCCACCCCGGACACGUGAUACGUCGUCGAACGUACUGGAGGGAUGGUAGAAGCGAACGCAUUAUAAUAAGAGUCAGCGAAGCAUACGGAGGAGCUAGAUCGCGCACGAUGUGUGUGUAUGUGUGUAUGUGUGAAUUAACAAGCGUAAAGAUUUCUUCGAUUUUUAGCAGCGCCUACACUUAGAGCGUAAGACUUACGUAUAAAUUGAGAUAAACAUCGAAUGUUGUCUCAUAUCAACUCGAUCACUACCGCAUGUCUUUGAAAUUACGUAAGUAAAUGUAUAAAAAAAAAAGACAAAAAACGGGGUAACUGUGUCGUCUAGAUAUUUUCGAACUGGACCCGGAUAAUUAGUAUUAGAUGUGACAAAGGGAAAGGAAGAACAGAGUACUCUUACCCCCAUCUCCCACCCUAACGACGUUAGUCGGAUCAAUAAGCUAAGUUUGAUACGUUGUCAGCUUUUUAUGCGCUACGAUAUUAGUUUUAGACUGAAGUUAUUAUCUGUUAACGCGGGAAGACUAGACUGACGGUAACAUUGAGAGUAGUCGAAGUGUCGCAAAGUUCGCAAGGUUCGUAAAACGAGAGCACGCGGGACAAUGAUUGAUGAGCAUUCCGUUAUGCCUUAACACACCGCGUGUGCUGAAUCCGUGUCCUAUCUCUUACUGUUAACUAUACCCUCUUAACUAUACCGACGUACAUAUUUGCUGUUGCAUGCUCUCCUACUCUAAAAAAGGAUGCAAAGAGAGAAAAACUAUUCCGUGCUCACUUUUACAGCCUCGCGUACUUCUCGCGAUUGUUGCCGAGAAACGCAAAAUUGUUCGACCUCUCUGUUUUGCGCAGUUAAACGGUCGGGCUGCAUGUUACUUUCUUUCGCGAACAUCGAGUUAGCUAGAGGAAAUCUCGUAAGAUCUCAGUAACGUAAGUUCGAUUUGUAUCGAAGCGAGGGCGCGAUUCUAUUUUCAAUCUCGUCACGCGCCGUCAACGACGCGUACUGAGAGUCGUCUGAAGAGUUAGGAGUGCAUUACAUUUGUACGUGAGAUUAUCAAUUUUCCAUUGUAAUUACUACGAGCAAGAGAGAGAGAGAGAGAGAGAGAGUAAUACGCAGUGCAACAGCGAAUGAUUUCAAGCGGUGUCAGCUUCCAUUUAACUUCGCAAUUAUUAUGCUGUAUUACGAACUACGAUCGUACUGCUUCGUUUAGUACGACUGAUAGUUUCACAUUAUUGGACAAUAAAAACGUCUCAUUGUAACGCGACCAGAACGCUAGGCAAGGACAUAUAACGAUAGUGUCGUUUACAUUAAAAACACAAUAUUAGGAUAGCAUUUCCUCGUUUCUCAGGAUGUACUCGAAACAUGGCUGCCUGAAAGUAACCCAAUCAUCAUAUUCUGAAUGCAUAAUCAGCGAUUCUUCGAAAUUAGGCAUUAACAUUUAUUUAUGCCCAACGUUAGAAUGUUACCAGAACGGCGAAGUGGACAUUGAUUCUCGAUAGGACUCACAAAUAGACGCUGGUCGAUAUUUCUCACGAACUGCGAAUUUAACUCGAAAACACAAUGCUGGCUUCUACUGUAACUUUCAUUAUGUUCUCUUAAUACGAUGUGGCAGCUAUUUCGUAUUUCGCGCAGCUAUAGAUACUACAACGUAAUAACGGACCUCCGUCGUCCAACUUCCUGCGGACAUUUCCACGUAUUGGAAACGUGGCGUACUAAAUGUAUAUUUAUCGACGUUAAUCUCGUACUAAUCUCGGACGCGAGCUUUCAUUAAGUCACGAUGAAUUGUAAGUUACGUCCGAUAAUUUGAACUCUAGGAAGGCCACAGCCGCAUAUUCUUACCGCGAUAGCUAACCGACUGAAAAUACUUCCUCGUGCGUUCCUUGCACGUCUGAUGCGUUUGCACGUUUCACUCACAAUGUGGAGGAGAAUUCGGACGGAGGAGGAUAAAUCAAUUUCACUCUGAGAGCAAAUCGGCAUUUGCUGUCUGUCGAGCUAUCUCUCGCUAUCUCUCGCAAUUCAGAAAUUCUGCACAACUCAACGCGGUCAUUACGUAUGUAAUCGGCAGACUUUCGGUUGCAUCGUUCUACAAGUUUACGUCGUGCGAUUUGCAACGAGAAAAAGAUUCUGGAAAAGAAAAAAACGAUACGCAAAACAAUUUGAUCGACACUUCAACAUGCGAAUAUCGUUCGCGCUGUAGCUAAUCUAGCUACACGAGGCUACAACGCCACGAGUACUACUAUCUUGACCCUUUUAACGUAGAGAUACUAUACUCGAAUAGAAUUCAAGAAUCUAUCUAUCAAAACCUAUCUCUUCUCUAUAGAUAGUUGAGUCUUCGCCGAGGAUUACUUACGGCGGUAUCUAUUAUAGACAUUAUAGCUACUGGACAGAGGAAAUAUACAAUGCGACGUGGUGAAAGUGACGCGAAAUCGCUUAUCGAUGGUAAUGAACCAAGGCAAAGGAGAGGUGGCAUACGCGGUUCACGAGCUGUUGGAAGCUGUAUUUAGGAAGAGUUAUUUAUUAGGUAGAAAACUCGAGAGAGAUAUCGUGGUCGGGCUGUACGCAUAUUAGCUGACAGAUGGUCCAAUCAUAGGCUACAUAUUCAUAAGGGGAAAAUAAAACGAGAACUUAAUGGAAUAGCCUAACUGUGUCACGCGAGGCAUGAGAAACGGCGUGCGAUGAAUUAUAUGUAUAAAGUACACGUAUAAAGUAUGUGUGCCCGACGAAGCGCAUAGUCGCAUUUACGUAGUCGUGUAAAAUUACAAAAGCAAACUUUCGAUUAUCUGGUUGAGCGUCAAUCCGCAGCAACUAAUGUAAAGCGUACCUAAACUGGUUGGAAUUAACGUUAAAACAAUCACGCAUUGUUCGGAUAUCUCCUGGACUUUUAUGUUGUUUAGGCUACAAAUAGACAGCUCUUUCAGGUUAUUACAUCGACGAAAGAAAAGUUAUCUCCGACAAAAUCGUCAAUGAACGAGUAAACGGGUGGGCAGUAAUAUCAGCUUUUUACGAUUUAUUGCACCCUACGGAAAUACUGGAUUUUCAUGAUGUACCAUAAAAUAGGGUAACUUCGGAUGUGUCCGAGGUCAUUCACAUUGAACGCUUAUUGCACGUCAGGGUUGUACGCGUCACAAUAAAACGCUGCGCUAAUAUGUGUCACGCGGUUCCUCAAGCAUCGUGCGUUGAACACGACAAAGUUUAAUGCGGAGAAUACUAUAUGAUGUUAAAAAUAUGGAGGAUUUUAAAAACAGAUUAAAAGACAACAAGUAAGAAAAUAUUCAUAUAUAUAUUUUCAGUGUAAAUCAAGUAUGUGUAUAUAUACUUGUGGUAAGACUACGUAUCUCAUAGCUUUAACGGCUCGCCGACGCCCAGGUGGAAGCAAUCUUCUUUGGUAGCGAUAUCGGAGUUGCGUAUAUAUCACGAUCAACGACGCGUACGACGUCUCGCGACGAAGGAAAACUGCGUAGCCGGUAAUUCAAUGUGUUCUGUUAACAAAGACGGUGUGUUUCCACUCGUGGAAGAGCGCAUUAAGGAGUAAUCGUUUGGAUGUUGAUUGUUAAAUGUUAGGAUAGCUGGAUACGACGUUAUGUCCUUACAAAACCCGAGCUACAUGUUAAGAAUCCUCCCUUCGUUACAUACGGCUUGCUGCAUCUUUUUUCGAUUCAUCGUUUCGUUUAUUUUCGACUUUACUAACUUUGAUAAUUACUAACACAGUGUCGUUAUUCUUUUGGAUUUAUGUUCAUUUAUCCACGCGUGUGUCCAUUUGUUGCGUGUACUUCGAUUCAGUAUGAUUUUUACGCGCGCAGGUAUCGAAAAGGAAAACAGGAAAAAGAACAAACGUGAAAUGUUUAGCUUACAGCAACGCAGUCUGCACUGCCGUCGCUUUCUCGCAACGAAAAUCGCUUCUCGUUUCGAACGUUUCGUCCCGAAUAAUGUGGUCGUUCAAAUAAAAAAAAAUUAUAUAUAUAUAUUAUUCAAGAUUAAUUUAAAAAACAAAAAGAAGAAAACAUUCGAUGCACAUUAAACGGUUUGCGCAUCACAACGAAUCCUAUGUUUAAGAAAAUGCUAUAUUCCGCGUCACAUUUAGUUACAUUGAAACCUAGUUAUCAUAGUUAUUUUGUUACAAUUAUUAUCGAUUAUUUAUUGUACUAUACCUGGAAGUAUGUAACUAUUUUAUAAAUAAAUAGAUAACCAAUGUA